AUACUCUUUGUCCUUUCUGAAGUUUGAACUUUGUGACAAGGGAAAAACUGCUUGGCUGUUAAAUUCAAUUUACGAAAUAAAAUAAUUAUGUCCGCAAUCAGUAGGACUUUUAUUAAUAAAAGUAAGUACACACUUACAAGGAGAGGUAAAAAACUAUCUCUUUUUGAGGAUUCCAAGUUUAUAACAGCGCUACCAAAGGAUGUACCAGAGAGGACUUGGGUUGAUAUUUUCCAAAAAGAGGAAAACGAUCUCAUGAUAUUUGACAUCAGAGAGGAAAUACUCGAAUCAGCUUUGAACACCUGCUACCUUAACUACAUGAAGAAGCAAAAUGUCGCAUUCACCGUACAUUGUGCUGUUAAAGCUUGGCUGAAAAUCAUCGAUUGGUAUUUUUAUCGUCACGAUCCCGGAGAAGAGGUGUCUGCAUCGCCAGCAUGUUUUAUACCGAAGCGUGAAGCAUCCUGGCAACCCGAUGAGCCUCCAGAGCCUUCGCCCCGUGAUCCUUUCUGUCGACAGAAGCUUGUUGUGUUGGAAGAUGAAACUAAAGAUAUACCUAAGGAAGGCUUUAGUAUUACGUCUUUGGAAUAUCCGGUUAUAGAGGAAAUACCGGAAGAAUGCUGGUUUCCUGGAAGAGUGAACAUACCGAUAGAAGAGGACAUGAGCAGUGAGGCUGGAGGAUCUCAGGAUUAUGAAGUAUCCAUACAAUCUUAUCCAUCUCUAUACAAUUAUUCAGUGGCGAGUAGCACCACUUCAGUGUUUACUUCCGAUGAUAAUUUAGUAGCAGAAAGUGAGGUGCUGCAGAAAGUAACAGACUACGCUAGUGAUAAAGCGUUGAAGGCUGAAUCACCUAAGAAGCUGUCGCGCGUGGCGCAGUCCGCGGCGACGCUGGGCAGCGCGUCUUCCGUCAAGUCCUCGCAUUCCCGCCGACAGCCCUUCGUGCAGCCGCGCGCGCCCAGCAGUCAGACAACGCGGUCGCGCGCCACUCUGCCCCCCCUCUCCUCCAGCUCUCAAUCUCCGCUUAGCAUAAUCUCUGAUUGCCGCCUUAGGAACUUGAGGUUGGAUACACAAUUUGAGGUGGGCUCUGAGAAGGUUGAAUUAUCGUCAGUGGAAAAUGUAAAAAAGAAGUAACUACUGAAGUUUCCUGAAAGAAAUUUUCAGCAAUUUACUAUUUUCAGUUAUGAGUCAGUAUUUUGAGUUUUAAUUAAUGCGUUCUUAGCAUAUUUA